GUAAAGAAGGGAUUUUCCCCAAAGACCGUGAGAAGCUUAAAAACCCUAGAUCUCAAAAUCCGACCAACAUCCCGCGAACUUUAGAUCAUUUCGAGUUCCUUCAUCUUCGAUCUCUGAGUUCGGAGAUCGACGUUUCGAUUGCGACUCCGGAUCGAGGUCUAAAGGUGGAGAAAUUUGUAUCAAGGUUCUAGCUGUAUCACCAGUUGCCUAUUCUGAUCUUGCCUCAAAUUUUGUCUUCAUUUGAUCCUACCUUGAUCUUCCCUCUAUCUUCCUUGCUCCUUAGAAGAUGGAUUCAGAUUCCUGAAGCUUUAAUGAGCUCUUUGCCUUUUUAAGUAAGAAUGAAUUUGAUUGGCUUAAUCACUUUCUCAGGUUCUUGCUGUAUUACCAGUUGCCUAUUCUGAUCUUGCCUCAUACUUUGUCUUCGAUUUUCCCCGUCUUCCUUGCUCCUUUGGAGAUGGAUUCAGAUUCCCACCAGCAGUUUUAUGGAUAUCCUCAAUCAGUAGAACAUGAACAUACUACUUCAUUUAAUCAUACUGAGCAUCCAGAAGUGCAGUGCAUAGUGUGUAGAAGAGACUAUACUCCAGGGACUGAAGGGAAUGAGGUGUCCGAUUCAAUAUCCAUCUGCAGAGAGUGUAAGUCCUUGGUUGUAGAUGAUAAUGAGGCAACCCCACCGAUUAGAAAUUUUCGUCGAAGAAGUCUGCGGAGAGGUAGAGCCAGCAGGUAUGGGAGUUCAGAAUCAAUUGAGGAUUUGUUCUCUCAGCAGUUCUCACAGUUGAUCACUUUGGUGAGACAGAAUAACGAGAUACAAGGUGAAGAUGGUGAUAUACCCGUUACUUUGCCUUCACGCGCAAGUCAUUCACCUGCUCGGAAUUGGCCAAGGAAUUGGCGAAGGCCACUUUCUGAUAUUGAGACUGAGAGUCUUGAUCAUGGAGAUUCUCUGUUUGGUGAAACUGACUCCAACAUCAGCUUUUAUGGAGGAGAAUCUGAAGCUUCCUUUGAUGGGCACAGCGUACUCGGAAGAGAAGCAUUUUUUCAACAGGAUCACGAAAGCCAUUUUUAUACUGACACUGAUAUCGAUCCAAUGCAUGCUGGUUUAGAUCAAUGGAACUCUGAUGAUGAAGAUGAAGUAGACUGGGAAGAGGUCAAUAUGGAAGAAGCAUCAAUUCAACUUGUGGGGCAACAUGGCAACAACCAAGAUAACUUUAGCAGUCCAAAUGGAAGUAUUACUGGUGUGCAAAAUGGUAGUUUAAUUCGUUGGCGAGUGCAUCAUCAUGAUCUUUUUGCUGAUUUAGAGGAACCAGAAGUGUUGCCUUUGUUCGGCAAUGCAGGUGACUACCUUGAUGCGAGAGGCUUUGACGAACUCCUCGAGCAGCUUGCAGAAAAUGAUGAUUCAAGAAGGGGAGCACCUCCCGCAUCAAUAUUUGCGAUUAGGAACCUCCCCCUUGUAAUCAUUUCAAAGGACCAUGAGCAAAAUGGGAGUUUGGUCUGUGCUGUCUGCAAGGAUCCUCUAGCUAUUGACACUGAAGCAAAGCAGCUUCCAUGUUUGCACCUCUAUCACCCAUCUUGUAUUUUACCAUGGUUGAAGGCGAGGAAUUCUUGCCCAAUAUGUCGGUAUGAGCUUCCAACUGAUGAUCUUGAAUAUGAGGAAGGCAAAAGAGGCAUGGGUGUACCCCAAACUCGUGAGGCUCAUCAGCAGAACCAAUCUGAGAGUAUCUCAGCUAUGUCGAGUGAUAUAGAGUUGGACGAAGCUCAGAAUGAGCUUGUUGAGGCAGUACCAGAGCAGGCUGAUGCUGAGGGUGGUGAUUGUAGUGAAAGCAGUUUAAACCGAGAAAGUGACAAUGGCAGGCGAUGGUAUUUCAUUGCAGCUGCACCACUUGUAAGCAUUGUCGGUAUUGCCCUAGCUUUGUGGUUCCGUAAGCCUAUGGGGGAUAGGAGGAUUCAGUGCAGAAUUGGAGAACAGGAUCCAAGGCAGCCUCAUAGAUCUCGUAGUACCGCGGCGGAUGGGCACGGAAACAGGAGAUGGUGGGCUUUCUUUUAGACUCGAUUCGACUAAGGUGAAGAAAGAUCUGAGAGAAAUAAUGUAACGUUCUCAAUUGUUUUUGGAGUUGUGUUCAGUUUCUUGUGCGAGGUAAGGAAAAUCAAAGAGACGACAAACAAGUGAGUUGCUAAUUGUAAUCUUUGAAAUCUCUCAUGAUUAUCAAGCUUAUCAAAUAGUGUGAUCGUUGCCGUCUGCAGUGUCAGUGCAGAAAAGUUGUUCGUUGUAACCACCUUUGUACGACCAAGUGUUUGUAGUUCGCAAUUUUACUUAUGUUUAUCCCCCACUGGGGAUCAUCAAAACUAUACUGAUUCGUGCAUAUGUUGAAACCAACUGAUUCUCUUUGUUGAA